AUGGAUACUAGUGCAUCUCAUUCUUUUAUAGCUGAUUCAUUUGUUGAGAAAAUAGAUAGAAUACUUGAGCCAAUGUCUAAUGUAUGUGGGGUAUCCUUACCUUCGGGAGAGGACUUGCUGAUACGGUCAUGGGCUAGAGUUGUACCAGUCUGGGUAGUAUGUCGCGAACUCACAGUCGAUCUGUUAGUUUUAGAUCUACACGAGUGCGACAUCAUAUUUGGGAUGUACUGGUUGACCAAGUAUGGGGUCAUUGUGAAUUGGAAACAAAGGAGAGUAGUCUUCAACUCGGCAGGAGAGGAACCCUUUCAAGGCACAACCAAAGAAAAGAAAUACGCCAUGAUCUCCACAAUGAAGGCAAGAAAAAUGUUGGAUGAUGGUUGUAUCGGGUAUUUGGCUAGCAUUGUGGACAAGGACAAGGAGACAGAGCUACAACUGGCCAACAUACCAAUAGUAUGUAAAUUUCCUGAGGUGUUUCCCGAGGACCUUCUUGGGAUACCACCCGACCGAGAAGUCGUAUUCGAGAUAGAGUUUAUUCCAAAAACAACGCCAAUUUCAAAAGCUCUGUAUCAGAUGGCACCUGCAGAACUCGAGAAGCUACAGACACAACUUCAAGAGUUGUUGGAUAAGAAGUUCAUCAGACCAAGCCAUACUCCGUGGGGAGCCUUGGUCUUAUUUGUGAAAAAGAAGGAUGGAUCCAUGUGA